AUGGUCAAACCAACGACCCCUAUUGCUGAGCCGAAUUCACCUACCAUGUCCUCGAAACGAAAGAAGUCAGAAGAAGAAGAGCAGGGCUCACUGUCGAAAAAGCAGAGAACCCGAGUUAGUUUCUCAUGCGGGGAAUGUCAUCGUCGAAAGCAGAAGUGCGAUCGUCAAACACCCUGUUCUCAUUGUGUCGCACGAAAAGUCCCCGAACUCUGCAAGGCCUAUACACCGGGAAAGUCUGAUCAUGACCUCAGCGCAAGGAUUUCGAGGCUAGAGCACAUCAUUGAGGCAGCUCUUCCUCAGUUUUGCGACAUCAGUUUCCGGAGCACGGCACGGCGUCGCUCAUUAUCCCAUGUAGAUGACGAUAUGCGCUCUCAAAACGACGAUGAUCCACCAGCUACAGGUGGACUUUUUCAGAGUGGAAAGUGGUAUGGCAAUAGCGCAUCGGGAAGCAUAGCUCCCGGUUCCGUCAUAGAACAACUCCAAAAUGCAGUGAUGCCUCAAACAGCAGAAUUCAUACGCACAGGCGAAAAACCGAAGGGAAUCGAACCAUUAGAACCUUCAGCCGCCGACAAUCUCAAAACCCUUGUGCAAGAGUGUGGAGUUUCUCCCCACAAGAUUCCGGAAAUUCUGCAAGAACUUCCUCCGCUACGAACUUCUGACGUGUUGAUUAACUAUUACUUUCGUCAAAUAAAUUGGACCCGUUACGCAAUAUCCGAGAAGGAUUUCCGCGCGGCAUAUGCCUCAGUCUGUGCACAUGGAGCCCAUGGGGUCGGAGCUACCAACCCAAACGAUGUUCGUUUUCUCCCUCUGCUUUUCGUAGUCUUGGCAAUCGCGGUGAGGCUCGCUCCCGAGGAAAUUGCAGGGGAUGCCAGAAGUCGAAGGGUAACCUCACUUCGUUACUAUUGGUCCUCUCGUCGUUCACUUCUGAUAGCAGCUGCCAUUCAGCCUGAUUCUCUAGACAUCGUCUUGACGCGGCUUUUGAGUGCACGAUUUUUGACCUUCGAUCGUCGAAUCACAGAAUGCUGGAGUCAAUUGGGUGCAGCUGUGCGCACAGCAGAAGCGCUUGGUUUACAUCGUGACGGUGCCAGUAUGGGGAUGGAUUCUAAAGUGGUAGAGUAUCGUCGGAGGAUCUGGUCGUAUUUGUACCAUGCCGACAGAUCAUACGCACUAGUCUUAGGAAGACCGACAUCUAUACAGGACGACUAUGUCUCGACACUACCACCGCUAAAUCUAGAUGAUGAGUCAUCAGAAGCUAACACACAUUCCCCCUCACCCCUCUCCUCUCCGACUCGCAUGUCCUUCUGCAUCCUGCGACAUCAACUAGCCGUCAUUAUCGGACGAAUCGUGCACCACUUUCAGAAAGUGCGACCCAGUCAUUAUUCAGAGGUUGUGAUGCUGGAUGACGAAUUGAUCAAAUUCAUGGGGAAUCUUCCCCCUCAUUAUUCACUUGAGCCAGACACGUCACUGGACGAAAAGCACCCUUUUAUUCCCGUCCAUCGCUAUCUCCUCAUUACCGAAACCCUCUUUGUUCGUACGAGCCUGCAUCGGCCUUACAUACUGCGUCGAUUAUCUUCAGACCGCUAUGCUCGUUCCCGAAAUGCCUGUUUUGAAUCUGCCAUGACAGACUUUCAAGUUCGGCAAGCUUUCCGAGAAAAGACGAACGACGAAACUCGCCUAGCCCUCAGUAACGCCUAUCGGGAAUUCCAGACUGCAAUGAUCAGCGGCAUCUACCUCGUCAUCCAUCCGCAUGGAAAGGAUGCAGAGACUAUGCAUACCAUCCUUGAUACCUUUAUGAAGGAUCAUGAGGGCUUCAGGGAGAUGGAUGAAACCACGCUGAGAGAGUUGAAGACAAUAGAGUUCUUGAAGAAUAAAGCCUUGGAGAGAAGGCAACCGGUGGAGCAAACCGGCACCGAUGGAGAGGGCCUUAACACCUCUGGGACUGAGAAUGCCGAACUUCUAUUGAGCUUCCAGCAACAAACCUCCGAACCGCAGUCGAUGAAGCAACCUAACGUACUGUCCUCCGACAUCCAUCGUAAUGUUAGCAAUGGUAACAUUACACAUUCACCCCUUUUCCAGCGUCUCCAACAACCGGUUGGUGAUCACCUAUCUUCGACGUCCGGCAGUCCAGCUGCUGAGGACGAUUCCACAGCCCAGAUGAUAUUCAACAUCGUCAGCAAUCCCAUGGAAGGCAUCAAUGGUUCCGUUCAAUGGGGGAACAUGGCCGGUACAUCGAGUAGCGGGGACUUCGGGGGAUGGACCAACUCAGAAACAUGUAUGCCUAUGCACGGCCCAGACCCUCGUCUUGCUGUAGAUGGGACAGAUUGGAACUAUUACUGGGAAGCGUUAGUGAACCAGAUACCUCGUGGACCCGGAUCUUGA